UGACGUAAUUUCUAAUAAAUCGAAGGGUCACAUUUACAAAGAAAUACGUCGAUCAUUCUUUAAACUACAUGCUGCACUUGCUUCACGGUGUCAACUCGACGUGAAGUUAGAGGUACAUCUCUCACUGACGAACAUGGCAAGACUUCAAAAACUUAUUUGGGCUCUCAACGAAAAACUACGAGAAGAUCCAGAUGCUGAUAUUGGUGAUCUGUUAACCACAUCCCGGAUAGACUUCGAUGAUUGCGUUAGUUAUGCCUAUGUGAGAGAGUCAAUAGGGUGCAAUAGAAAUCUGAUCUACGAUGAACCUGACUUGUUCCGUCUCACAUUGAAUGUAUGGAGGCCCGCAGCUCAAAAUGGCAUGCACGAUCAUGGCCAGUCUAAGUGUUACUUCAAGGUUCUAUGUGGCAAAUUAGUUGAAAUUCAUUAUCAUGUUGCUGAUAUUAAAUACAGAGAAGGUCAAGUGCGCCCACUAAUAGACAAAAGUACCUGUCAUCAUAUGCUAAACAAUGAUGAUGGCUUCUCAGUUUCUCUUCAUGUCUAUAUACCACCAUUUGAUAGACACGAUGUACCAGGUGGAGCUGCUAUACCCGUAACGCCCUCGUUUGUUUCACGCUACGGGUUUCCGGUGGACCGAAACAGCAGACUGUUACGAGCAAAUGUCUUUAUGGCGUAGUAUACAUCAACACCAAACGUCAAAAUCAUAGUUUUAUAAACAAUGUAAUCUUUAUGUAAUAACAAAACACUGUAAACAUUCUUUGUUUAUAUUCCUCUAGUUUCGGUUUCCUGUUUUCUUCUUUCAACACGCAUUCGUACCAUUCCGCAUUCAUUCCACGACACGCAAGUAACAAAGACGUUUAUCUGAUUCUUGGAAUAUUAUAAUCAAAAUACAAUUUUUCUCUUAGACGUGUACUUUCUUAUUAUUAUUAUUCUGUACCACAUAACUAUUAUAAACAUUCGAUCUUGAAAUUUAGUUUAUUUUACUAAAAAAAAACAAUAAACAUUUAUUUACUUUAUAACGACUU